CACGUCACUUCACUUCCCCGCGAGAUGAAGCCCUAACUUCCCACCCCCUGUUUUAGUGUUUUUCACUUCCAUUUUUUUUUUUCUUUGACACAGAGAACAAGACGGCGCGAAGCAAAUGUCGCGUCGUGAAAUUCGGGAAUCCGACUCCAAUCGCCAUCGUUCCAGAUUCGAUGGAGAAUCCAGUCCCAAGAGGUCAAGGAGGGACAGGAAAACAUUAGAGGAGAAGUUAUCUAGAAACUCUAGUUCUCAUGUUGAAGAUAAUAAAGAUCGGGAUCAGAAACAUGGGCUUCAACAUGAGGGGCAAGAUAUGAUACCCCAUGAGUGUUCAUCAGCACUUGAUUCUAAGCCAGAAUAUGGGGUUAGCAAAGGAGCAAACAGGAACAGUGAUAGGAGGGAUAGAAGGACUAAACAUUCAAUGAAUCCCACUGAAGUACCACGAUCAAGAUCUUAUUUUCAGCAUCUUAAGGCUCAGCAUUGAACCAUUUUUUAGUCUGUCAUCUCAAUAGCUGUAAUUGCUAUUAUUCAUUGCUUCUUUUCAUAUGAGCUGCUGAAGGGGGACUGCUGCAAAAUAUGGGCAUAAAAAUUACCUGACUUGGUCUUCUUCGAGAUAUCGUUGUACCUUCCUGGAUAUAAAUGAACUAUUGUGGGGAUUUCCUUUGAAUUUCAUGAAAUUCAUGAUCUACAUUAUAUUUCAUUCAAACAUGUUGGAUGCAAUACAAGUGGUCAUAGACCGCAGCCAAUGUCUUCUUGAAGUGAAAUGAGCAUGUCAAACGUGGUAAUGAUGGGCAAGUUGGUCAAAGCUUUGGUCGGAGUGCAACUAGGGAGCGUGGUUGGUGGAAGGACUCAAGGGAGAAGGAGAAGGAUAACGAUAGGGCAUCUGGGAAGGGAACAGCUUAUAAUUCACAGCAAAGAAAUGAGAUGCCACAAGCCGUGAGAGACGAUAGCCACCGUGAUGAGUCUUCAAAACUGGAGGAUUCAAGUGUACUUGCUGAUACAAAGCCGUGAGAGACAAUCCACCACUUGACAAUCCGUGAGAGACAAUCCGUGAGAGACGAUAGCCACCGUGAUGAGUCUUCAAAGCCGUGAGAGACAAUCCACCACUUGACAAUCCACCACUUGGGAUUCAAGUGUACUUGCUGAUACACUACCAAAUGUCUUUAACUCUGAUACCAUUUGUAACAGCUAAAAUCCACCGCUAACAGAUAUUUUCAUCUUUAGACUUUUCCUUCGAGAUUUUAAAAUGUGUAUGAGAGUGCUGUUGAUCUCUAUAAAUAGAGAUAGAGUGUUGAGAGAAAAUAUGCAAAAGAAACAGAGAAAGAGAGAAGAAAAAAAAUGGAGCGGAAAAGAGGUGCUUUAGUUGCAAUGGUGGGGCUGUUGCUGAUAGCCGCUUUUGCAGAGUCCACCGCCGUGGAUGAAGUGAUUCAACUAGUUUCCGAUGGAGGGAAUGAUUUCCCAAGAAAGAUGAUGAAGGGCGCCGAAGAGUGUCCUAGACAGCUUGUCAGGUGCAAGAAGGAUUCCGACUGCCAUCGUGCUUGCAAAUGCAUGCCGUACCACUUCUGUGGUUGGGCAACAAAGAGAGAGAAAAUGGAGUGGAAAAGAGGUGCUUUAAUUGCCAUGGUGGGGCUGUUGCUGAUGGCGGCUUUUGCAGACUCCGCCGCCGUCCAUGGCGGCGAAGUGAUUCAGCUAGUUUCCGACGGAGUGAAUGAUUUCCCAAGGAAGAUGAUGAACGCUGCCCUUGGUUGCCCUAGAAUCCUUAUGGAGUGCGAAGUGGAUUCCGACUGCCUUCCUGGUUGCGUAUGCCGGCCCAACGGCUUCUGUGGUUGAACCACCGCCGUGUCGGAAGAACCUCCGCCGUGUCGGAUCAUCUUCCUCCAUGUCUAUGUGUGUGUGUCUUUUCUAUUUAUGUGAACAAUAAAAGUCUAUUUGUCACUUUGAUCACUCUCUUGUUCAUGAGUGUUAUGUGAUCAAUUUGUGCAUGACAACCACAUGUAAUCUUUUCCAUUUCACUAUGAACCUAUCUAGUUUCAUUACCGUAA